UGCUUGAUUGUUCUACCCCUGUUCCCACUCUCCCUACCCCCCGUGUUCUGUGAUUACCGGGACUUCUCAAGUACCGCAUCGGUUCAGACUGAUGUCGACGGAACAGGACACCGGGGCACUGCCACGACGCAGUGCCAGAAUCGCAGUAUGUGCCCGCCCUGCAGUACCUCCAAGACCGAAGAAACUCAGCAGGCGGACGACUCCAGCAGCAUCAAGUACGGCAUUGACGGUACUAGACGCCACCGGAGAUCAUCCCGCAUACCUUGUCCGAGGAGCCAAUGAGCCAGCGGUUGAUUAUCGUGGGCGGCUACUGGCAUUUACGGAAGCCGUAGCUGCCGUCGAGGCCCGGAAGGAGACAGCAGAGGCAGAACGUCAGCGGCUAGCCAAUGAAGCGGCAGCCGAAGCUCAGCGAACGACUGAGACUGACGCAGHGACACGAGACAGACGGAAUGCCAGCAGCACGGAGUCCUUGAUUGCUUGUGAGCAUCAGUGGACGACGAUACUCCAAGACAUGAUCUUUAUGUCUACAGAAGCGCAGGCAGACCCGACACCGGCGGAGGCAGAGAGAAGUAACCUGGCUAACUUGCUGCUGGGCAUGAUGAGAGGUAUUAUGUGGAAUAAUACACUGCUACAAUCACAUCUGCGCACGAACGCGACGCAGCGACAAACAUACAAGAAUGAUAUGACUACGUUAACAACUGCUAUCCGCACAGAGGCAAUGCAGCAGCAUCAACAGCAUCAACUGUUGAAUUCCACUAUCACACGCGUCAACAGCAUAGAGGCUAACGCCUCAGCAGCGCCAGGCUGCACGACAGACGUGACGAAGCAACUCAACGAGCGCAUCGAUCACRUCGUCACCAUCAUCGGCGACAUAAGUACUUUCAACGGACCAGACUCGAUCAGCARCACGGUGGCCGCCAUCAAGACGGACAUCACCAAGCUACAGACGAGACCAGAAGCCGCUACAAAGACGUUCAAGAUGCCGCACUUCGACAUCAGCAAGUUCGACGAUUACAACAAGUCGGACGCCUUGUCAUGGUGGCAACGCUUCCUCACGGAAGCAUCAUGCCGCAUGGUCCCGGCGGACGACAUGUUGAAGGCACUAUAUCUGCAGCUGAUUGGAGGAGCGCAGGGAUGGAUGAACCACCUAGCGGCUACACACAAGUGCACUAUCGCCGAACUCCACACGCACAUUACGUGGAAGGAGUUCGAGCAGCUAUGGUUCACCCGGUUCAUGGUCCGCAACAUUGUGAAGGCGGCCAUGAAUGAGGUGUACACAUGCUCUCAAGGGAACAUGCCAACUCGAGACUGGACAACGAAGUGGCAAAAGAUAGUGACCACAACAGGUUUCGACUUGACGUUUCCAAAUCAACGAUCCGAGUUCUUCUCGCGAUCGUGCGCGGGAUUGCAGUCGGCACUCGGUAAUGAGUACGACUAUACCACAUUCCAGGCCAUUCUGGAUCGAGCGAACUUGGUCAUCCAAACGGACGACAAGGCCGCUAACGAGAGACAAUCCCAGCCGCACUAUGUGGCUAAGCAGACCUAUCAACGUCCGGCACAUAACAAUGCCGUGUUUUCUGAAGAAAUCGACGACCACCACGCUGCAGCAGCAUCCUCGAGUGAUGGAGGAAUUGUCGCAGCGCUCCCGCCGAAGCAYCCGAAGAGAGUUCGCAAGAACAAGGCGAUACAAGGGACAGCGGCGACGGGAGCUGGGCARCAGCCAUGGACGRCUUAUAAGAUCACCAAGGAGGUCUAUGACCUACGUCAGAAUUGUGAAACGCCUUCACCGGUGAGGGGUGGUGCCAACGAUGCAGUGGACAUCAUCCGAGAAGUUGGGCUUGAUGCUACCUCCCCGGUCGAGUGACACGAGUCGGCCAUCUUGGAUGGUCUUCGCUUGCUUUUCUCAGUGGGUGGCGGUGGUGGGGUUCUUGUUUAUAGCUGAUUCAAUUUGGCUCUUUCUAGAUCACGCGAUUGUGGAUCCAGGGUAACUAACUCCAAAAUCACCUUGCAGCACAGUAUUCAAGAUUCAGUGUUCUCAGUAUGCUGCCUUCUCCUUCAAAGCUCAGUGCUCAACCAAAAUCUAUCUUGCAUCAAGAUCGCAAAUUUAACUUCCUUGAACUAUACAGAACACUCCCUGCGUGUGUCCUGGGCUGCCUAUUAUCGGCAACCUAUAUCAACAUUGUGGACAGUAACCCUAUCCUAGCCUAAGUUGGCUUCACAGUUAACCACGGGGAGACAACCGGUCUCCCCGAAGGUCCUGGCUUAACCAAGCUACUCUUGGCACCCCAUGAUUUCCAAAACCAGGCAGUUCCUUUUGGGGCUUUUCCAGCUUUAGCCUUCCGGAACCAAUCAGACCAGAUACAUUGACGAAUCAAUGCCCUUACAACUG